AAUGCAACCCCAUCCAUCAACUCUCCGCCCCACGCACCCUCUGCGCAUGCGCCUGAGCGCCACCACCGUCUGCCCCCGGCCCCAUCGGUGAUGAAUCCUCCAUCGGCCAUGUUUGCCGACGAGCACGGCGGUCGCCCGCAGACCGUCUACGACUCCCCCUCGCAGCAGAGUGCGCAGUGGUACCAGCCCGAGGGCCAGUACGACUACGGCGAUGAUGCCGCGGAUGACGAUGAUGACGCCGGGACGGCGGUGGACGGGCGGGAACCCAAGCGACGACGCAUCGCCCGCGCGUGCGACGCCUGCCGUAAAAAGAAGAUCAAAUGCGAUGGCAAGAUGCCCAAGUGCGGCCACUGCGAGAACUACAAGACCGAGUGCAUCUUCACGCCCCAGGAGAAGAAGCGUGCGCCGCCCAAGGGGGCAAAGUACAUUGAGGGCUUGGAGAAUCGGCUGGGCCGCAUGGAGUCUUUGCUCAAGAUGACCGGCUUGCUGGGGGAAGACGACGGUGGCAAGACGGAUCUGGGCAUGUUGGAGAAGCGAAUAUUGGCGGAGCGACAAAGCAACCCGCCCUCCGCCACCCGUGCAAGUCCGCCGGUCGGCGCCGCGAGAGCGAGCAAUAAUCCCACGCCAAACCAAAGUUCGCCUCAAAUAGGAAACCGGCCAAACUCACGGCCGAACGACGGCGCAAGCAAAUCAAAGUCGGACGAAAAGACGAUAACGCCGCCGGAGAACCCGUUCAAACAGGACAACACCACCAACGACGAUGGCCUUGCCGAUCAAAUGUGCAGUCUCAUCACCAACAAUGUCGGCGAGACCCGCUACAUCGGCAGCUCCUCCGGCUUCUCCAUCUUUAGUCCCAAGGGCAUCCAGUGGGUGAACGAGAAGACGGGCGACGCUUCCUUCCAACGAAUGAUUGCCGAUGCUGCCGUCGAAGACAAAUCUGGCUGGGACCACUGGCGCCCGGAAGUCUUCAACGAUCUUUUCGAACGACGCGUCUUCAAGCCUCUGCCGAGCCGGCAGGAAUGCUACGCUCUGCUGAGGGACUACUUUGAGAACUUCAAUUGCAUGUUUCCCCUCUUUCAUGAGCCGACAUUCAUGCAUCUGGUCGACCGGCACUACAGCCUCGAGCCCUUUGAUUCCAGCGGGUGGUGGGCGUCGCUGAAUGUCGCGUUGGCCAUCGCGCACCGCUUGCGAGUCAUGUCGAACGUCGUUGGGCAGGAGGAAGACGAUCAUGCCUGGGGCUAUCUCAAAAACGCCAUGGCAGUCAUGACCGAGCUUACGGUGCGCAACACCGAUCUCUUGUCCGUCCAAGCUUUGCUGGGAAUGGCAAUGUUCCUGCAGGGCACUCCCAAUCCCCAGCCAUCCUUCUUCCUCGUUGCUGCCGCAAUCCGCCUGGCUCAUAGCAUUGGCUUGCACAAGCGCGGAGCAGGCUUCAACUUGAACGCCGUCGAAAAUGAACAACGUAAACGCGUGUUCUGGAUCGCAUACCUCCUCGAUAAGGACAUUUGUCUUCGCUCCGGCCGUCCGCCCUCGCAGGAUGACGAUGACAUGAACGUGGAGCUCCCCUCCGAAGACCCCACCGACUGCGUGGGCAACAUACCAUUGGCCAAGGAGAUUGACGGCAAAAAAACCAUGAAUCUCUUCCGGCUGAUGUGCACAUUUUCGCAGAUUCAAAGCCGGGUGUAUAAACAGCUGUACUCCGUGAAGGCCUCCCGACAGACUGACGGAGAGCUCCUGAACACCAUUGGCGAAUUGGAUGCUCAGCUGGAGGAGUGGAAGGAAAGCAUCCCCUUGGACUUCCGGCCGGAGCACGAAAUCAACGCCGCACACACCCCACUCAUCCUGCAUGUGGUCGUGUUGCAUUUCGCGUAUUACAACUGCCUGACCACCAUCCAUCGUAUGAGCGUCCACCACGGCUACUGGACCAGCAGAUUGAGCGAGUACGCUAUACAAGGCUUGAACGCGCGACCGCUGAACCCGAGGGUCUUCAUGUCUGCCGCCUUGUGCGUGAAUGCAGCGCGGACGAGCAUAGGAUUAAUCCGCUACAUUCCGCAAGGCGAUUAUGCAUGUGUUUGGUUAAUCCUGUAUUACCCGGUGUCAGCACUCGUGACACUAUUUGCGAAUAUAUUACAGAACCCGCAGGACGCGCGCGCGAGAGGAGACUUGAAGCUGAUGAGCAGCGUCUGCUCUUUCCUCACCAUGCUCGAGCGCGACAUUGUCGAGUCCAACGGCAACGUCAAGCGCAUGUUAUCCGUGUGCAGCGAGUUUGAGCGUAUCGCACGCGUGGUCCUCGACAAAGCCGAAAGCGAAAUGCGCGGCGGGCGAGGUAAGCGGAAGCCCACGGAACGGGAGAAGGCUGCGGCGGCAAAGCACAGGGCGGCCAGCAAUGACGAGGUGGUCGAAAGAGGCCUGGAAGAGGGCAAGAGUCUGGAGCAGAUCCAGGUGGAGACGCAAGCAAACUACAGGCGGCCGGUCCAAACGCCGAGCCUGCGCUUCAGUCAGAAUGGUAGCGCAACAGGCGAAAGCCCUGCGAGCUGGGCCGCCAGUCCAGUUGGAGGACACGGGCCGGAGUAUCAGACGCCUCAGCACGGCCACAGUCUCAGCGUGGAAGGUGGCCAGCAGACUCAUCCGCGCGGCCAGUCGAGGAGCCCCAACCAGUGGCACCCGUCUGCACCGGGCAUGCCCAACGCAUCACUCCCGCAGCAGGACUUCGGUACCGGUACGUACACCACCCAACCUGGCGUCAUGGGAGGCGCUUUCGGGCCAAACGCAUCGAAUGGAUUCAACAACGGACCUACUCUCUCUGGCAUGGACCCCUCCACAGGCUUUGAGCAGUCGCCCGACAUUCUGAACGGGACGGGUAGUUUCCAGCAGCCAUUCGUGCCACAGGAUCUGUGGCAGAUGCCGAUGACCUUGGAGUGGGAUUGGGCGGAGGGCUUAGGGCUGGGGAGCUUCACUCCGGGCCCGAUGUUUGAUGUGUAUGGCAUGGGAGACACGGGCGUUCAGGAUUCCAUCGGGGGCCAACAGCAGCAUAUGCAGUAGGGCAUGGACCGGGUUCGGGUGGGAGGGGGGUUUGAGGGCAUAUGCAGAGCAAAUCUGCCUAAUACAAUGUCGCUGUAGCUGAGCAAACUCCUCUGAUA